AUGCUUCUUACUUCCUUCUUCAUAUGCCUGCUCGCUCAGAACUCACCCCAGCCCUUCGGGAAAGGAUCUGGCUAUAAACGGAUUCAUCGCAGAUAUCCGUGGAUUUCUAUCUCUACAAUCCGCUAUACAAUCAAAAAGGAGUAUGAAAGAUAUGCUGGGGUUUCAAAACCUCGUUCUAGCAGACCAAAGAAGCUUGAUAAGACCGAUAAAGUACGCCUUCUUGAUGCUAUUAAAGAGAACCCUCGCGUUACCUAUGAAGACCUUCUUGCUGAGGUAUCCUAUAAAAGACCCUAUUUGACCAAGGAGAAUGCGUUAAAACGUCUUCAAUGGGCUGUACGCUACCAGCACUUUACGCCUGAGGAUUGGGCCCGUGUCUUCUGGUCUGAUAAGUGGCUAAUUCUACUAUUCGGAGACCUAGAAUCACAAUGUAGAGGUAUGAAUCGCUUUGUUAUCCGGGAUCUUUACCUUCGAAUCCUACGUAUUUUAGUAUUAAAUGAGGGUAGUAUUUUUCAACAUAAUAACGCUCCGACGUACACUGUCCACAUUAUCCGGGAUGCUCUGCGAGAUAUGAAUAUUGAGGUUAUGGAUUGGCCUCCACACUCGCCUGAUUUAAACCCAAUUGAGAAUCUCUGGGCGUUAUUGAAAGCUGAAAUCUAUAAGCUUCGACCCGAUCUUAUUCAUAUGAGGAACAACGACUAA